UCCGCGCUUCCGUUUCCGGCGGUGCCGGUGGUGGCGCGCGACUCAGCGAUGGCAGCAGGUGGCAGCGAUCCGCGGGCUGGCGACGUAGAGGAGGACGCCUCACAGCUCAUCUUUCCUAAAGAGUUUGAAACAGCUGAGACACUUCUAAAUUCAGAAGUUCAUAUGCUUCUGGAACAUCGAAAGCAGCAGAAUGAGAGUGCAGAGGAUGAACAGGAACUCUCAGAAGUCUUCAUGAAAACGUUAAACUACACAGCCCGUUUCAGUCGUUUCAAAAACAGAGAGACCAUUGCCAGUGUUCGUAGCUUGCUACUCCAGAAAAAGCUUCACAAGUUUGAGUUGGCCUGUUUGGCCAACCUUUGCCCAGAGACUGCUGAGGAGUCCAAGGCUCUAAUCCCAAGCUUGGAGGGACGGUUUGAAGAUGAGGAGCUGCAGCAGAUUCUUGAUGAUAUCCAGACAAAGCGCAGCUUUCAGUAUUAAUCUCCAAACAUCGCUGCUGCUCGGAGAAAUCGCAUCCCCAGGCGUAACACCACCUUCCCAGGCUCUGGGGCUGACUUGCAUGGAAAUGCUGUUGCGGAGGACAGUUGAGAAUUCCUUUGGAGAAAACAGCCCAGCUUGGCGUGGCGUUAGCUUGCUGUUUCAAAUAACUCAUAGGCCCAGCCCAGGACAUGGAAUCUUGGAGCAGCCUUGUGCAGUGGCUGCCAGUGGCUUCCUGAACGUGCCUCUGGGAAGUGUGAGAUGGGGCCACACUAUUGGCUACCUCAUUCAUGGUUUGUGGCCUCCACAUCAUCUUUUUUCUUAAUAUUUCAUGUUUUAAUUUCAGUGCGUUUAUACUUUUUGAAACUAGACCAGAAUAUAGUAGACUUUAUAGAGAAAGACCAGUUUCACCUAGAUGCUAAAGGAAGAAUUAAACCACUGUUAUUGUUUGAAAUGCUUUUUUUUUUCUUUUCUUUUCUUUUAAAUGGAGAUAGGGUCUUAACUCUUACCCAGGCUGGAGGAAUGUAGUCAUACAGUCAUGGCUCACUGAAGCCUGGGACCCCCCUGCCUCAGCCUCCCAAAUAACUGGGGCCAAAUGUGUGCACCACCACUCUCAGCUAAUUUUUAAAAUUUUUUAUAGAGAUGGGGUUUUAUUGUGCUGCCUAGACUGGUCUUAAACUCCUGGGCUCAAGUGAUCCCCCUGCCUUGGCCUCCCAAACUGGUGAGAUUACAGGCAUGAGCCACCACACCUGGCCUGAAAUUCUGAAGGGAUGAGAGUGUCGACAGAGCACGUUGGCAUCAUUGUGGCUAACCUGGGAGGCGGAAGAAGCAUGCCAUGGCCAUGGGCAGUGUUGACAAGUAUUGUGGAGCUCAUAGUCCCUUGAGGUAGAUGGCUACUUUGCCUUUCUUCUUGAACUGUCUUGCAGAAUGUGGAUUUGGGGUGAGUGGUCUUGAAGGACUCAUUUAGUCACCCUCAAAUUAAGAUUUUUGCUUCAUCUUUCUUGGGCCUACACCUCCAAGAUAAGAAGCAGUGGUCGUGCCAAAGAGGCUCGCAACUAGGUAUGCGCUGUUCACUGCAGCCUGUUUGUUGCAUGAACUGUGGUCGUUGUGUGCCCAAUGACAAGGCUAUUAAGAAGUUCAUCAUUUGAAAUGUAGAGGCCGCAGCAGUCAGCGAUGGUUCUGAGGUGAGCAUCCUUGAAGCCUGUGUACUUCCCAGGCUGGAUGUGAAGCUACAUUACUGUGUGAGUUGUGCCACUCACAGCACGGUAGUCAGGAAUCGAGCUCAUGAAGCCCACAAGGACCGAACACCUCCACCCCAGUGUAGACCUGCAGGUGCUGCCCCAUGCCCCCACCAAAGCCCAUAUAAGGAAUGGAGUUGUUAAGGACUGAAGAAAAACUAUUCUCUGGAGAAAAAUAAAAUUGCAAUU